GUUGUGACAGCCAUGUCUCUGGAGAUGGAAAAGACCAUCACCAAGCUGCUGUACGACUUCCAGAGGAACUCGACCUCUGAUGACGACUCUGGUUGCGCUUUGGAGGAAUACGCAUGGGUCCCCCCCGGCCUCAGUCCGGAACAAGUGCAUCAGUAUUACAAUUCCUUACCUGAAGAGAAGGUGCCAUACAUUAACAGCCCUGGUGAGAAAUACCGUAUCAAACAACUGCUUCAUCAAUUGCCACCGCACGACAAUGAGGUGCGCUAUUGUAACUCCCUGGAUGAGGAAGAAAAAAGAGAACUUAAACUGUUCAGCAACCAACGCAAGAAGGACAACCUGGGCAGAGGCACUGUCCGUCCUUUCCCACUGACCAUUAAUGGGGCCAUUUGUGAAAAGUGCGGUGGUCAGAUAAAAGGAGGCGACAUUGUGGUGUUUGCCGCCAGGGCGACACACGGAAAGUGGUGGCACCCAAAUUGCUUUGUAUGCUGUAUGUGUGAGGAAAUGUUGGUGGAUCUCAUCUACUUCUACCAGGAUGGCAAGCUCUACUGUGGCCGGCACCACGCCGAGCGACUGAAGCCACGCUGCUGCGCCUGCGAUGAGAUCAUCUUUGCUGAUGAGUGCACUGAGGCAGAGGGCCGACACUGGCACAUGAAGCACUUCUGCUGCUUCGAAUGUGAGACCACCCUCGGUGGCCAACGCUACAUAAUGAAGGAUGGACGGCCACACUGCUGCAACUGCUUCGAAUCUCUUUAUGCAGAGUACUGUGAUGCAUGUGGAGAACAUAUAGGCAUUGACCAAGGCCAGAUGACCUACGAUGGACAGCACUGGCACGCCACUGAAGAAUGUUUUUGUUGUGCUCAUUGCAAGCAUUCUCUGCUUGGCCGUCCCUUUCUGCCAAAGCAGGGACAGAUCUUUUGCUCACGGUCCUGCAGCGCUGGACAGGACCCAGAUGAGUCCGAUUCGUCAGACUCUGCUUUCCAGAGCGCCCGAUCUCGUGAGUCUCGACACAGCACCAAGAUCGGUAAAAAGGAGCGCAGAAAUGCUGAGCAGGAGCGGAGGAGCUUAGAUGCCCGCCAAUCAGCUCCACCCCCGAUGCCUGACCGACUGUCAUCUGAAAUUGAUCCACUGACUGUUCAGAUGGACCGUUUAAGUGUAUCAGCUAGCCAGACUCCAAGCAGGACACCUAACCGCACUCCCAGCCGUACUCCUAGCCGCACUCCAAGUCGUGCUCCAAGCCUUAACCAGGUGUGGAUGAGCCGAGAUGACCCUUAUGUCCCUGGUUCCUUUGAUGCCACCCAGCGAGAAUCUUCUCCUACACAGCCAUCUCUUCAUCUUCUGGGUCCCUGUAACGCCAGACAAGUCUACAAUCCCAAUUCAAAUGUUCAUGCUCCAGCCCAGAGCCCUGUAAACCCAGGAAAAAGGCCUGAUUCCUGGGGUAAAGAACAAGGCAAUGCAAAGAGGACGCCCAUGGCUGCCCUAAGGGGACACUCUUUCAAUGAUAACUGGAUCCACCACGGCCAAGAUGAGUUUAGGCCCAAUAAGUUACGCACACAAAUGAGUUUCAAUGAGAUGUCAAGCCAGAACCAAGGAUUUUCUGACAAGAGGAGCAUUAGCCUGCAUGGAUUCCAGCGAGACGGCAGGCCCCCACUCACCCGAAGGAACCCCAUCAACGCCAUGAGCUUCAAUGAGCCGCUGACUCCACUUGAACAGACACCUCGUGGCUCCACGGACUCCCUGACUGUGUCAAAUGCUACAGGCAACUCUCUCGAUGGGGUCAGCAAGCGUCAGGAGAAUUUGUCCAGGUUCUCCAUGCCUGACUUGAGCAAGGAUUCAGGUGUAAAUGUAUCUGAAAAGAGUAAUAUGGGAACACUGAGCUCCUCAGUCCAGUUCCACAGCACAGAGUCUUUGUCCUCCUCUCGUCUCUUUAACAACAACUUGUACACUCCACACAGAGUGGGAUACCCACUGCAGUACUGGGAUGGACCGCAGCCACUUGGUUUUGAUAGCAAAGGUCGUGUCGGUGUAAUGGGCAGCAGCGGUAACUUACGGAUGGCACCCAUGAGUGACAGAAUGCCCCGUCGACUUAUUAACGGGCAGGAAGUUGCAUCCCAGAAACAACAGCCCCAACCAAGACGUCGCAAACACCAUCGGGGAACCGGGCAACACCGCAGCGGCCGCCACCACAAACGCUCCCGUCGAUCUCGCUCUGACAACGCCCUGCACCUGGUGGCGGACCGACCUACUCAAAUGGUGGAGCUGCCGUACCAUCGCGUCCAGGAGGAUUACGAUCGCUUCCCCUCUGGCCACGCCUCCCGGGAGUUGUUUGGGCUGGAGCCAGGUGGAUGCCGACAGCAAGCCCACCGUCCAUGUCCCCGCACCACUUCUGAUCUCACACUCCAAAAUGCUGGCUGGCAACCCACCGGGUUGGGCGGACCAUGCUGGGGAGAUGCAUACAUGGAAGCUGCCGACCCGUGGUGCUCCAGCUGCUCCUCUUCCUCUGAAUCUGUGGAGAACGAGGGCUAUUUCAUGGGCGAACCAAUUCCUCGGCCCGUUCAGCUGUGCUACAUCAACAACGAGGAGCUACGACAUCGCUACAGCCCCUCUGGAAUGGCUGGCCACCACGCACCUCUGCACGGCCCUAUUCCUGCCCAGCUGCAUGCCCGUCAGAGGAGGAAGAGCAAAAACUGUAUUAUAUCAUAA